UUGCUUUGCUUUCAACUGAAAUAGAGUGAGGGGAAACGGUUUGGGAACAGCCGGACAGGCAGCCGUCCAGCGGAAAAAACUCACACAGAGCCCGCCACCGUGACACACUUUUCACUUUGCAGUCAGUGGCGGUGUUGAAUUGUCACCUUGGUUGUUGUUUUUCUUUGCUUAAGCAGAAGCCGAUUUUUAAUACUCCAGAUCAGGCCGAGUAAAUAUCGGAUGUGAUGUCCAGCUCGCCGCUGUCCAAGAAGCGUCGCUUGUCAGGAACAGAGACGAAGACGGGAUCCCACUGCUCCUCCUCUAACUCUGUCAGAACUGAUCUGUCCCACACACCUGCCAACGGCAUGGCUAAGAAUGGCAAUGAUGCUGAGAUCGAUGAAGGCCUGUACUCAAGACAGCUUUACGUGCUGGGCCAUGAAGCUAUGAAGCGCAUGCAGAACUCCAAUGUCCUCAUCUCUGGUAUGAGAGGCCUUGGAGUUGAGAUUGCCAAGAACGUGAUCCUGGGAGGAGUUAGAAGUGUCACUAUACAUGACGAAGGAGUUGCAGAAUGGAGAGACCUCUCUUCCCAGUUUUACCUUCGGGAGGAGGACCUGGGCAAGAACAGGGCAGAAGUGAGUCAGGCCCGCCUGGCUGAACUGAACAGCUAUGUUCCUGUGACUGGUUACACUGGACCACUGACUGAAGACUACUUGACCAAGUUCCAGGCGGUAGUGCUGACUAACUCAACUCUGGAUGAGCAGCAGACUCUAGGAGAGUUCUGCCACAGCAAGGGGAUCAAGCUGAUUGUUGCAGACACUCGUGGUCUGUUUGGUCAACUUUUCUGUGACUUUGGAGAAGAGAUGAUUGUCUAUGACACCAAUGGAGAGCAGCCAUUAAGUGCUAUGAUUUCCAUGAUCACAAAGGACAAUGCAGGGGUCGUGACAUGUCUGGAUGAAGCUCGUCAUGGCUUCGAGAGUGGAGAUUAUGUUACGUUUACUGAGAUUCAGGGUAUGACUGAGCUCAAUGGUUGCAAGCCGGUCGAAAUUAAAGUUCUUGUGUUUGGCACCAAAAUGCAGGAUUUGCUUGCCAAACAGCGUUACUUCUUGGUUGGGGCUGGUGCCAUUGGUUGUGAGCUGCUGAAAAACUUUGCCAUGAUUGGACUGGCUACUGGGGAGGGAGAGGUCAUCGUGACCGACAUGGACACCAUAGAAAAAUCGAACCUCAACAGGCAGUUCCUCUUCAGACCUUGGGAUGUCACGAAAAUGAAGAGUGACACGGCUGCUGCUGCAGUGAAACUGAUGAACCCGGCAAUCAAGAUCACAGGUCACCAGAACAGAGUGGGCCCUGACACAGAAAGGAUCUACGAUGACGACUUCUUUGAAAGCCUCGAUGGAGUUGCCAAUGCACUGGACAACGUUGAUGCACGGAUGUAUAUGGAUCGGAGGUGUGUGUACUAUCGUAAACCCUUACUGGAAUCAGGCACUCUGGGUACCAAAGGCAAUGUCCAGGUUGUGAUCCCUUUCCUCACCGAGUCCUACAGCUCCAGUCAAGAUCCACCUGAGAAGUCCAUCCCCAUCUGCACCCUCAAAAACUUCCCAAAUGCCAUUGAACACACGCUGCAGUGGGCCCGCGAUGAGUUCGAGGGACUAUUCAAACAACCCCCAGAAAAUGCCAUGCAGUACCUCACAGAUCCCAAGUUCAUGGAGCGUACUCUGAAGCUUCCAGGAGCUCAGCCUGCGGAGGUGCUGGAGGCUCUUUAUAAGAGUAUUGUCACAGAUUGCCCCCAAAACUGGGCUGACUGCGUAGCUUGGGCUCGCAACCACUGGCAGUGUCAAUACAGCAACAACAUCCGCCAGCUACUGCACAACUUCCCACCAGAUCAGCUCACUAGUUCCGGUGCUCCCUUCUGGUCUGGUCCAAAGCGAUGUCCUCACCCAUUAGAAUUCAGCACUAGCAAUGAGCUGCAUAUGGACUAUGUUGUGGCAGCAGCCAACCUGUUUGCUCAAACGUACGGCCUGCAGGGCAGCACCGAUCGUGCAGGUGUGAUCAAGAUCUUGCAGGAUGUCAAGGUGCCCCCUUUCACCCCACGUUCAGGAGUUAAAAUCCACGUCUCUGAUCAGGAACUGCAAAAUAACAAUUCCUCUAUUGAUGAUACCAAACUGGAAGAGCUGAAAGCCAUGUUGCCUUCACCAGAGUCCUUCCAGUUCAAACUCACCUCCAUUGACUUUGAAAAGGAUGAUGACACCAACUUUCACAUGGACUUCAUCGUGGCAGCCUCCAACCUGAGAGCAGAGAACUAUGACAUCCCUCCCACAGACAGGCACAAGAGCAAACUGAUAGCUGGUAAGAUCAUCCCUGCUAUCGCCACUACCACAGCAGCAGUUGUCGGCCUGGUGUGCUUGGAGCUCUUCAAGAUUAUCAAAGGACACAAGAAGCUGGAGUCCUACAAAAAUGGCUUCAUGAACUUGGCCCUGCCUUUCUUUGCCUUCUCUGAACCCAUUGCUGCUCCGAAACACAAGUACUAUGAAAUUGACUGGACGCUGUGGGAUCGCUUUGAGGUCACAGGACUGCAGCCCAAUGGGGAAGAAAUGACACUCCGACAGUUUCUGGAUUACUUUAAAAACGAGCAUAAGUUGGAGAUCACCAUGCUUUCUCAGGGAGUGUCCAUGUUGUAUUCAUUUUUCAUGCCUGCUGCCAAACUUAAAGAGAGACUGGACCUACCUAUGACGGAGAUUGUGACAAAGGUGUCCAAAAAGAAGCUGGGCAAACACGUGAAAGCCCUGGUGUUUGAGCUAUGCUGUAACGACCUUUCAGACGAGGACGUGGAAGUGCCCUAUGUCAGAUACACCAUCCGCUGAGCUCCGCACUGAGCCCACCCGCAGGAGGGUGGGAGUUACAGGGGGGAGAUGGGGAUGGGGGUGUUCUAAGUGAGGAGCUAAAAUGGGGAUGGGGGUGCGUGGGUUGAUCCAGGUUGGCUGUAUUGGAUCAAUCAGUAUUUUUUUAGGCCUGUGGUUUGUGUAAACCUGUGCCUGAGUGUACAUAGCCCCAGUAAGCUGAAUUAAGAAUAACUGUAUAUGUUAAGAAUCCAGUUGGUUCUUGGCUGUGGGAACAGGGGUGUCACUGGAGGAAGGGAGCACGUACACUGGACAUCCUGAUGUUUCUCAAAAGCAAAAUUGAUAAGCCUUAGUGGUCUCUUGGUACUCCAUAUCCAACCAGUGUCCCUAAAAACAUCUCUUAUUGGCCUUCAGCAGUAAUGGAGGUUUUUGUUUUUUAAUCGAAUCCACCUUCUUCCCUCCACUAUACUUGCUCUCUCCCUCUUCCAGCCUCUGUCUCAUAGACACAGUCCCACAUUAGUUUCUUUUGUUUUGUUUUUUCUUAACAUAUGCACCUAAUUAAUAUGUAAAAGGUCAGCCCAGGAGACACCAAUAAGCCCAAGCCUUUCCUGACUGGAUAUCUGACGAUCUCACACCACCUGAAUACCCCUGCCAGUGUGAGGUACCCCUACACCCUCAUUAAACCCACUCUGUGGCUUUGGGAGGGGUUCAUGCACAUGACAUUGGUUUUCUCUUUCUCUUUAUAUUUUAUGUGUUUUGUUAUUUUCUAUUUUAUUUUUUGGGGUGGUUGGACAGAGUUUUGGCACACACACGUGGUAGAUCCUAAACUGUCUUUCUACUUUGUUAACUCCAAAUGACUUAACUGUAAGAACAGGGCAACGAGAUGUAUCUUGAAACGGGAGCACUUAGUGUGAUAGUGAAUAAAGAUGUAAAAACAUA